ACUGGGUCCUCGGGCCUAACUGUGAGCGGCGGAGGCUGCGGUGUCUCAGUGCUCGCCCGCUCCUCAUCUCUGUAGACAUGCAAACCCCGUUGUACCGCUUACUGCUGCUACUAUGCGGCCUGCAAGUGCUCGGUGUCCGGGCCGGGGUCGGGAAAUAUUCCCGGGAGGUGAAUGAGAACCGGGCGGACGGGGAGGUCACCGAGUUCCGGAUACAGAGGCUGAAUCAAGUGUGGGACAAGGCUCAGAGACUCCAGAUUUCGGCUGUAAAAUUAGCAGAACUUCACAGCGAUCUGAAAAUACAAGAGAAGGAUGAGCUGAACUGGAAAAAGCAGAAAGCUGAAGGAUUAGAUGAAGAUGGAGAGAAAGAGGCCAAACUCCGACGAUCUCUGAAUGUAAUACUGGCCAAGUAUGGGCUGGAUGGCAAAAAGAACACGCAAACAGAAGACAACAAUUAUAUUAAAGACGGCACAGAGAACGACGUGCUAAAUGAUCCUCGAUUAGAGAAGCUGUGGAACAAGGCAAAGACAUCUGGGAAAUUUUCCGAAGAGGAGCUGGAUAACUUGUGGCGGGAUUUCCUCCAUCAUAGGGAGAAGAUUGAUGAGUACAACAUAUUGCUGGACACUGUGAGCAGGACAGAAGAAAUCCACAAAAAUGUCAUCAGUCCUGAUGAACAUGAGAUUAAGGCAGAAGACUUACACAGCAGACAUACCGACCUGAAGGAUAAACUCCGAAGCAUAAACCAAGGAUUUGAACGUCUUCGGAAAAUAAGUCAUGGCGGUUAUAGUGGUGAAAGAGAUUUUAAUGAACCAAAAGUAAAUGACUUGUGGGACAUGGCAAGGAAAGCAAACUUUUCUGAAAGCGAGCUGGACUCAUUUAAGGAAGAGCUGAAACAUUUUGAAACAAAAAUUGAGAAACACCAACAUUAUCAGAAGCAGCUCGAAAUCUCGCACGAGAAGCUUAAGCACAUCGCAGAGACCGGGGACAAGGAGCAUAUCAAGAAAAGCAAAGAGAAGUACAAUGCCCUCACCGAUAAGAUCAAGGAGCUCGGCUACAAGGUAAAGAAGCAUCUUCAGGACUUAACAAGUCGUAUUUCUAAGGAUGGGCUCUCCCACAAUGAACUGUGAUAGAAAUGCUCAGUGAAACUAUAGACAUUACCAUACAAGAAAGUGUUCUGCCCUGACGGUACUACAGAGAGAACCCCGCUUCUAUCGGGAUUGCAGAAAACCUUCCUUGGCAGAUGUGCUCUUCAUCUUUGAUUCACCACGUGUCUUCUUCAGGCAAAGCAUUCAGUCUGUCCCAAUACACUUGUUAUUGUUUAUUUUUAUUUUUUUUAUCAUAAUCAUUAUUCUCAAUCAUCUAACAUUGUUAGAGCUGCACAAAAUUGUGACACAUUAAUAACCACAUUGUAGAAAUCUGGAACUUUAUGCCAUGUAUAGAUUCUUCACGCUGUGUUUUGUAUUUCGAAUUUAAGUUGCCUUUAGAGAUUGGUCGAUUGUGAUGAUUAAAUAUUUUCUAUGAACAAGG